AUGUUACAGCUCAUCCAAAAACAAAGACCAUGGGCAAGAGCCUUCAAAGGGAUACAACAAAGACUUUUGUCUUUGCAGACGAUGAAUACGCCUAACGAAAAUGCCCUCAAAUUCGUCGCCAAAAACUACAAAUUUUUACCUGAAUUUCAAACCACUGCCGUGGAAGUCAAUGAUUUGCCCGAUGCUUCUCAGAAGUCUCCAUUGGCAACAGAACUCUUCAAAGUCAAUGGUGUGAGAUCACUUCUUAUCGGUCCAGAUUUCAUUACCGUCAACAAAGUCGACCAAGAGCUUUCAAACAACCCCGAUCUGCAAUGGGGCUCUCUGGCGACCAAAGUUUCUAACGUGAUCACAAAUGCAAUUGACUCGAAAAUACCAGUGAUUGAUCCCGAGUAUGAAAAGGAACUGGCCAGAAUCCUUGACGAAGCGCAGGAAGAUGACGAUGACGUCACAUAUGAGAUUAAAGAAUUGAUCAACACAAGAAUAAGGCCAGCUCUUCAAGACGAUGGAGGAGAUAUUCAUUUCAGAUCGUUUGAUGCGGACUCAGGGGUCGUUUACAUUAAGCUUCAAGGGGCAUGUAAAUCGUGCUCUUUAAGUGAAGAUACAUUGAGAAAUGGUAUUGAAAGCAUGUUGAAGCAUUACAUUCCUGAAGUUGAAGAGGUGAAGGCAAUUUUAGACCCUGAAGAAGAGAUCGCUCUGCAAGAAUUCGAAAAGCUCGAGAGAAAGCUCAAGGAACAGCAACGGCAAGCUGCCCAGUGA